AAGCUCGCUCAAGAGAUGGCUAUGGCGGCAGCGAUGGUGAUUUCAUGAAGAGCAACGUGAACACUGAAAGGGGCUGGAGCUAUGGAGGUCGGGGAGGUUUCUAGAGACCGGCGCAAGCUCACAUACCUUAUCGAAGAUGCUACCGUUUCGCCUGCAAAGAGCUUGGACAUCGGAUUGCUGCAGUCCAUUAAGGCUUUGGUGCGCUCUUCGGACGCUAAUGUCCGCACUGCCUUCGACACUUUAUUUGACAAGCUGCAAAGACAGCACUCGCAGGUUCGCUUCCUCGCUGUUCUACUUAUUGAUGAAUUAUUCACGCGGUCGAAACUUUUCCGGUCGUUAUUGGUUCCGAAAUUCGAGAUGUUCAUGCUUCUGACCAUCGGGUAUCGAGAUGACUUUCCCCUCCCAAAGCCGCCGGAUCGAGCUACCUUGUUGAGAACUACAAGCAUGGAACUCGUGGAGAAGUGGAACGACACCUUUGGUGUGCACUAUAAGCAAGUCCGUUUGGGGUAUGAAUAUCUAAAAAAGACCCUCAGGCUGCAGUUUCCUAAUCUCAGAGCAGCAACUGCUUUGGCGGAACAGCAGCGACAAGAGAAAGAAGCAAGAACACAGGCACUGAUUCUGAAGAAAUACGAGAGUCUGUGCCAAAACUUUUCAGAAUUGAGGACUGAAAUUCAUACAACAUUGGAUGAAAUAGCUGAAUGUUGCAAGAUACUUGAGCUAGAGAGUGCGUCAGCACUAGAAGACAAUGAACCGGUGUUGGAAGCAGAUCUGGAGAGUCUCGUAUUUGGAGAUGACGAGUAUGAAGAAUAUGGUGAUUCCAGUCUUCGGCGGGAACUUCACAAAGAGGUUCCGGAACAGGUCGCAGUUACUGAGAAGCUGAAAGAAACUACUGAUAAUUCGGCACUUUUUGAAACUCUUCGAGACCUUUACAAGCUAGUGGAAUCAAAUCACCUUAGAACCACCCAGGAAUGGCUAUCAAUUUUAACGAGAGUGGAUGUUUCGGAUACUCGAUCUCGUGAUGCAGUAUUGAAAGAGGUGAUUGACCUCCGCACACAGCUGCUGGGUUCCCUCGUCAAAUGUGAAAGCCUUGGCAUUGACCGUACAGAAAAAGCUUCGACAAGCAGGUUCACGGUAGGUGAAGUUGACGACGAUAUUAUUUGGGAGCCAGGAGACGCAGAGGCGGAUAAAGACUUGGGCGAAAUCGCCAGUACCUCUUAUGCUUUCAAUAUGGAGAAAGAAUCAAAUAACUCUUUGCCAAGCGACAAGGAACUGCAUAGUUCAAGUGCAGUUACUCAGUCUGAAGCUAAAAAGGAAAGAGCUGAAACUGGUCCACGAGCGGAGUUGUUAGAAAAAGCUCCUAUUCUUCCUUAUGGCUCCUUUUUGGACAGCUGGGGUGCGACGAGCGACGUUCCUGCUAAUCAGCGAGGCCUAGAAAUGGAUAAUCACUGGGGUAGGUUUGACAGUGAGGCGAUGAUCCCAGGCGAUAAAAUUGCGGAAAUGAACGUUCGUUCUUCUUUCUACAAGCCCCCCGAAAGAGAAAUUGUUCCUUGUAGAGCUCCAUUAAAGAAAGGAGGACUUUGCCCCCGGAGGGACCUUUUCCGAUGUCCCCUUCAUGGACCCAUCAUUCCACGCGAUGACAAUGGUAACCCUAUCCGAACACUAGAAAUUGAUACAUCAGCAGCCAAACCAGCAGAUAAGGCGCCUAUGGAGGAGUUUUCAGAUAUCAACAAGGAAGACUUUCUUUCUGCCUCAAGUUCAUCAAAGAAUGCGUCUUCAUCAAUUACUGUAGCCGAUUUGGCAAAGGAAGCAAUUGCUAAUGUGAGGGAGAGGGAUGAAGCCGAAGCAAGGAAGAGAAGAGAUGAAAAGGUCAAGGCGAAGCGGACACAAUCCAAGAGAGAUAGAGAACACAAUGAUGCAGUUCUGAGAGCAUCUGCACUAUCAGGAACCUGUCAGGAGUUGUUCGGAGAAGAGUUUGACGAUGUCGCAAAGAUGAGGAUAGGAAAGAAGAGAGCACGAGGGGGAUUGACCGCAUUGCUGAAAAAAAAUCCUACUGUCAAGGAACGAAUUGCUCAAAGAUUGCUCAAUGGUCGAGCGCGUGAAAAUGCAAUGAAUGAGCUUGCGAGGGUGGAAGAGGCUAGGCACAGAGACGCUGCUGCUAAUCAGUGGAAUUGAGGUGACAUGUGCAGUAUUUGUAUGAAAACCUUUGUAGAGCCAUGGAGUUCAAGUGGGGAUUCUUUCUCAAGAUCAUUCUCACCUUGUUGAACGUUCCUCGAAUCACAUUCAGUUCAUUGAUAUUCUUAGUAUUCAGUCAUGCUUCCUUGAGAGGUCUAAUGCUUACAGUCAGUCUUCACAAACUCAGCUGCUUCUUUUGCAGGAGCUUUGAUGAUUUAUGGAUGGCAGCAUGAGAUUGAGAACCGUCUGAGCAGCUAUAUCAAUUAGGUGGUUGUGGUGUGAGUGAGUGUUCAGGAACUUUAAUCGCAACACCGGAAGUUUUUCUUUUCUUUUUGACAUAUUUCAACACCAAAUGUUCAUGUCGAUCAAUUGUUCAACAACUGAGUGAAUUCGUAAAUUGAGAAACAGACAUAA